AAGAAAAAAAAAAAAGGAAGUUUUGAAGAGAGCUGCAAAGGAGGAAGAACGCGAAGAGAUUGCAGAUAUAGAUAGCUACGCAGAAGCAAACACUUGGAAUAACAAUCAACAAAAACCCAACGAAGAAAUCGCUAAAAUAAAUUCUAAAUUAUAAGAGAGAGAAGAAAAAAAAGAAGAGAGAGAAAGAGAAACGGGAGUUGAAGGGAAGCAAACGAUAGUUCGAUGUUCCGAAGAUUCGGACCGACCCAUUCAGCUUCAAUUUCUCUUCAAUUCCUCAAGUUCUUCAAAGGUCAGAGCUCAAGAAAUCCUUAUGCCGUUAUUGUUCAAAUGCUUUUGAGCUUAGUCGGCGAGAUUCAAUGUGCUUCAUAUCUCUGCAAUUUCUGCUCUGUUCACUCUACUUAACUUCGCGCGAAUCACUGAUCUCUUUCUUCCACUUCCAAAUUUUGUGUUUCGAACUUCCGAGCUUGUGAAUUCUGCUGAAAGAAUGAUCGGUUUGUAUUGGUUCGUCGAGCCAAUACGUAUUUUCGUUAGUUGUUGAAAUUUUUUCGUGUGUUCUGAACUUGGAUUUCUUUGUUCGAAGUUAGGGUUUCGAUUUGAGAUUGAUUUGCUAUAGAUUUUGAAAUUUUGGCGGGAUUUAGUGAGCCAUGUAGUGGAUUUAACUUCUAGGGUUGUGGUUUUGAGAAGCUGCGAUUUGUAGUUAGGUAAAGGAAGGAUCAAUUGGAAAUAUGAUUGCUGCAAUUCUGUUGAUAUCCAUUUCGGGAUUUCCUUGAUCUGGUUGGAUGAAUUUAAGGAACUUGCUAAAAUGAUACUGAUCUUGAACAUUAAUAUGCAUUGAUUGAUGAUAUAUGUGGGAGUGAGAGCUUUGUAUGUGCUUGUGUUCUUCCUUUUUUUGGUGAAUUUGAAUAGUGAUUUUGUAAAGGGUGUGUGAUUCUGUCUGCUGAGAAAUGCGACCUCAGCAGAGCUUGAGAAUUGGCUUGGGUGAAUUGAAAUCUCAGAUAGUGAAGAAGCUCGGAACCGAUCGAUCAAAACGUUACUUCUUUUACUUGAAUAGGUUCUUGAGUCAAAAGCUGAGUAAGAAUGAGUUUGAUAAGCUAUGUUGUCGUGUUCUUGGGAGGGAAAAUCUUUGGCUGCAUAAUCAAUUGAUACACUCAAUUUUGAAGAAUGCUUUGCAAGCUAAGGCUGCACCACCAAUACCUACUUCAGCUCAAAGUAUUCCCAUUUGGUCUAAUGGAGGUUUUCCAUUGUCUCCAAGAAAGAGCCGGUCCGGGAUUCGUGACCGUAAACUCAAGGACAGACCGAAUGGGAUGGUUGAAUGCAUCUCGCAUCAAUCAGCAGGCAAGGACGAUGGAAGCUGUAAAAUCACGAUGGAUAAUGACGUUGCAACUCUGUGUGACUAUCAGAGAUCAGUGCAGCAUUUGCAGGGAGUUGCUGGAUUACCUGAAAACGAUAUCGAGGCUAGUGUUCAGCAACCAGCAGGACAUCAUGUCUUCCCGGGACAGUCGAAUCACUUGAGUUUACUUCGGAGUCGAUUACUUGCACCUCUUGGGAUUCCUUUUUGCUCAGCUAGUAUAGGCGGGGCUCGCAAAGCGAGACCUGUGGAUUGUGGGGGCGAUUUUAGCAUUAGUGAUAUUGGUCGUUUGUUGGAUACCGAGUCGCUGGGACGACGUAUGGAACAAAUAGCUGCAGGACAGGGCUUAGGCAGUGUUUCUGGAGAUUGUGCUAGUAUUUUGAAUAAGGUGUUGGAUGUAUAUUUGAAGCAGUUAAUUCGGUCUUGUGUUGACUUGGGUGGAUCAUCAUGGCCUGCAUAUGAGCCUGAGAAACCUCUUGCGCAUAAGCAGCAGAUUCAGGGGAGGGUUAUCAAUGGCCUGUUGCCUAAUAAUCAAUUACAUGGACGACAUAGCAAUGUCAAUGGUGAAGCUACGUACAAGCACAGAUUACAAUGCUCGAUAUCGUUGCUCGACUUCAAACUAGCAAUGGAGCUUAACCCGAAACAACUUGGGGAAGACUGGCCUUUGCUAAUGGAGAAAAUUUGUCUGCGUGCAUCCAACAAAUGAAACGACUCUGAUAUGUCUAUUUAUACCAUUCCACAGUUUGAUUGUCUCAUCACAGUUCAAAGGGAUCGAAAAUCGAUCUCAACGACCUCUCAGCUAUUCCCAUCUGUGGGUAAAAGUUCUGGCUUUAGAAGAUGAGCAAGUCGAAUGUCAAAAUCCACACUUGUUCUUGGCGAUCAUUUAACUGUGACUAAGCUUCGAUGCUGGCAGUCAGAAUGCCACCAGUGAUUGAUCUACGUUUCUCAUCCGAACUGGUGUUAGCCGUGAUUCGAAGAUCUCGAGCUUUGUAUGUAUAUUUAGAUCACUGAGGAAAUAUACACAAUUUUGCAGAGAGAUGCAGUUUCUGUAGCUUGGGGUAAGAUCUUUGUUUUCUUAUUUGAUUUCUUAUGAAUAACUCAUCAACAGACAAUAAUCUGCAGAUACCAUCUUCUGUAUUUCAUGCUUACAUUUUUUUUGUUUUUUGUUAGAUAUAAAGAUCCAUAUGCUAUCAAAUAUAUAGCAUUUCUAUUUA